CAAAUUAUGGCGGCAAAUAUUGUUUGGAUGGAUUUAGAAAUGACUGGUUUAGAUGUACUUUCUGAUCGAAUUUUGGAAGUUUCGUGUCUAAUUACCGAUAAAGAUUUAAAUGUUAUAUCGGAGGGACCAUGUUUCGCUAUUAACCAACCCAAGAAGGUACUUGAUACAAUGAAUGAUUGGUGUAUAAAACAUCACAAUGAAUCUGGUCUGGUGGAGAAAUGUUUAAAGUCACAGAUAACAACGGAACAGGGCGAACAUUUAAUAUUGAAUUUCCUAAAGGAGCAAAUACCCAAAGGAAAAUGUCCAUUGGCUGGCAAUUCUGUUUACAUGGAUAGACUAUUUCUACGUAAAGAAAUGCCCUUAGUCGAUGAUUAUAUGCAUUAUCGGAUCAUUGAUGUUUCAACCAUUAAAGAAUUGGCGCGUCGUUGGAAUCCAACCAUUUUGGAAAAUGCUCCCGCCAAGAAAUUAUCCCAUCGCAGUUUAGACGACAUUAAGGAUAGCAUAGAAGAAUUGAAAUAUUACCGUCGAGUAUUUUUUAAAUAG